AGUGAUGCCACUCCCUCCCCCACAGGUGCUGGCUCAGCAAGGCGAGUACAGUGAGGCCAUCCCCAUCCUGAGGGCAGCCCUGAAGCUGGAACCUUCCAACAAGACGAUCCAUGCAGAGCUCUCAAAGCUGGUGAAGAAGCAUGCAGCUCAGCGGAGCACGGAGACUGCCCUGUACCGGAAAAUGCUGGGCAACCCCAGCCGGCUGCCUGCCAAGUGUCCUGGCAAGGGUGCCUGGUCUAUCCCAUGGAAGUGGCUGUUUGGGGCGACUGCCGUCGCCUUGGGGGGUGUGGCUCUCUCUGUGGUCAUCGCUGCCAGGAACUGAUUGCCCAGGUGGCCGCCACCCACUCCGCACACCGUGGACCCCAUCCCACGCUCUGUAACCUCCCCCAGGCUCCCUGUCCACUGCCCUCCAUGGCCUAGCCCCUCCUCCAGGUCAGAAGCAGCAAGGAUUGGGGGUUGUGCAGCCCAGCGAGCAGGAGGGACUGAGGCCCGAUAGGAGAAAAGUGAGGUGGGGCCAAGGCCCUACGUCCAGCCCAGAGGGAGGCCCUCAUUCUUCCAGACCCAGUUCUUACCCCAUCUCCACCCCCAUCCCCCUGGGUUAGGUCUCAACCAGGGCUGGCCUCAGUUUCUCCUUCUCAACAGGCCUGGGGGCAGCCCUUCCCCUUUCCAGUCCCUGCCCAAGCGCCAGCCCCUCCUGCCCUGCCUGCUACCCUCUGUCCAAGCUCCCCUCCCCCCACAGUGAAAUAAAGCCUCCCACCUGCA